AUGGAGGAUUAUAAAGAGGAUGCCACUCCAAUUGCUACAAACUGCCUUAUGGAUGGAGAUGAAGCUAGAAACGAAGUUGAUUCAACCAAAUAUAGACGGUUAAUUGGUUCCUUGCUAUAUCUAACUGAUAAUAGACCGGAUAUCCAAUUUGGUGUUUUUUGUGUGCAAGAUUCUGACUAUGCAGGGUACAAAUUGGAUAGAAAAAGCAUAAGUGGUACAUGCCAUAUACUUGGAUCAAGCCUAAUCUCAUGGAAUAGCAAGAAUCAAGCAUGUGUAGCACUUUCAACAGUUGAGGCUAAAUACAUAGCAACUGGACAUCCAUGUGCUUAA